AUGCAUUCCAAGCUCAUGGUUACUGCUGUUGCUGCCUUCGCCUCUGCGGCCGCUGCUUCCUCAGCUUCCUUCAAAGACCGAAGCGUAGAGAACCUUCGAUCACGCUCCCCUGCUACUGAUGUUCAGUUCGUUCAAGCCGUCUCGAUCCCUCCAGAGUGCGUUGUUUGUGACGGAUUUGGCCUCGCCUGCGUCGCUGCUUGCCUCGCUGGCGGUCCGCUUGAUCCGCUGUGCGAUAUUUGCGCUGGUGCCUCCAUCGAACUCAUUGAGCAAUGCAUUGCGUGCAUCGAAAAGAACUAG